AUGAGCAUAGAAGAGCAUGGAACUACCGCUCACGAAGAAGACACCCGCCGAUGUCGAUACCCCUUGGGGAAUGAUACCUCAGACACACUGACGCUUCCCGACGGACGCAAGCUGGGUUACGCACAGUACGGGUCUCCUACUGGCCAUGCCGUCUUUUAUCACCACGGACUUCCAGGAUCGCGCAUCGAAGCGGCUUCGUACCAGGAGAAUGCUCUCGAGCUAGGCUUACGGAUAAUCGCAGUCGAUAGACCCGGAAUCGGCUUGAGCACGCCAAAUUCCCAACGAACGUUGCUAGACUGUCCAAAAGACCUGCAACGUCUCGUCGACCAUCUGCAACUCGAGAGCUACUCCGUACUGGGUGCGUCUGGAGGAGGCCCCUAUACUCUUGCAUGCGCAGCAGCACUUCCAGCUUCGCAGCUCAAAUGCGUAUCCGUUGUAUGUGGGGUCGGGCCAAUGGACAUUGGCAUGAGGGGAGCGGACAUCCUGCACCAGCUUGGCAUCCCGUACGGGUGGAGGUACGCGCCCGUCUUCCUCCUGAAAUGGUUCCUAAGCCGCGAUGCUUUUGGGCGAAUGGAUCUGAGCGACGAAGAGCGUUUUCAACGUGUGCUUGACCCGUCAAACCUCGCCUCAAUCAAGGACCCAAGGGACCGCGAGCUCAUGGCAGAUGAGCAUCUCGUUCGCCUGAUAUUAAGAUCGACUCGUGAAGCGAGAGCACAAGGGUUCGAUAGCGUAGCGGUAGACGGGAAGGUGAUAUGUAGUGACUGGGGUUUCCGGGUCGAGGAUAUCAGGAAGGAUCUGCCGGUGCAGUUAUGGUAUGGCAAGGACGACUGCUUCGUGCCUGCCAAUCAUGGAGUGCAGAUUGCAGCGCGACUGGGUGUUGACAACGAGAAUGUUGUUCUGAGGGUGGAGGAUGAUACGCAUUCGACUAUAACGCAGAGGUGUAAGCGGGCGCAGCUUGAAGCUAUCGCUGCCGUGAUGCAGGGGUGA